UAUGUAAAUCAGGAAGAUUUUAUUAUUAUUCUAAAUAAAUUUCAGAGAAGAAACAAUUCAAUCAAGUAAUCACUAAAACAUAAUAUUGAAAGAUUUUUUUAUUACAAAAUUAAUGAUGUACCAUAAUUAAAUGAUAUAAUCAGAAAAAAUAUUAUUCCCUAAGAUUAUUGUUGGAAUUAAGGAUUAUAAUAUAUAAAUAUAAUGGACCAGAUUUAACAAUCAAUGGAAUCAAAACCUUAUCAAAUUAGGUUAAUUUGAGAUAUAUAUCAAAUCUGAACAAUAAAUAGAGAAAGGCUAUUACUUGGGAAGUUUUUAAUAGAAUUGUAGAAUCAAUAUUAGAGUUAGUUAGAAAAUAAUACAAUUGUUGUUUAAUGAAAAAUAAAUAAUAAAAAUAUUUAUGAUAAUUUUUAAAACAUUAUUGAAAUGGAGAUUUUCUACUCAUACCAAUUUAAUUAAUUUUGUAUUACGAGAUGGUUUUGAGAAUGAAUCAGAUAGUGACAUUGAUAUAUUUGAUUUUCCAAAAGGGGAUGUGAAGGUUGUAUAAAAUGAAUAAGAAUUAAUGGCACUGAUUAGUUAACAUGUAGAUCCUAAAAUCUUGAUAGAUAUAUUUAACAAGAAUAAAAAUAUAUUUGGACUAUAACAUUCAUUACUUACAAUUCGUAUUAUUGCACAUUUCUUAAAUUCUUUAAAAUUAUAUGAAAAUGAAACUAUAUUUCGUUAAGGAAUGGGAGAAAUAUCAAAAUUAUUAAAUAAUUAACUAGAUUAAUUUAGUCCAAUAGAUUUGCUUGAAUUGCUUUGUUUUAAAUCUAAAUAUUAAUUAAAGGGUCAAUAAUAUUUGCUUGAAAAUAUUGAUGAUAAAAAAUUAGCCAAUUCAUUAAAUAAAAUAUUAUAAGAUUGUAAUGAUUUUAGUAUUAGACAUUACAUAAAUAUAUGGUAUGACUCUUAAGUUUUAAAUAUGUCUUUACCAGCUAUUCAUUAAUUAGUUGAAGAUCGAUUAAAUACUGAACCUCUUUCAUCUAUGGAGGUUGUUCUUUUAAUAAGAUGUGAAAUGAUGAAAUCUUAGAAAAGGAAAUUUGUAAAUACUUCUUUAGUUGAAUUUUGUAUUUCUCAUUAUGAUGCAAAUUCACUUUAUUAUGAUUUUUAAUAAGUCACUUAAUUUUACAUAAUGUUACUUAAGAUGAAAUAUUAAUACUUAAAUCCACAUUUGUAAUCACAUCCUAUUCUCUUAAAAAUGAGAUAAUUUUUAAUUGAAAAUCUAAAUGUAAUGGAUGAACAUACUAUAUUAUCAAUAAUAACUAAUUUUUAAUUAUUGCCUCUUGAAGUUACUCCUGUUUUAGAAAUUAAAAUUAAAGAGUUUUUAUUUAAAUAAUUAAAUUUAAGACCAUAAAAAAUAUCAGCCCACUUUAUUUAAUAAUUUUUAAUGAAUCUAAAAUCAAUUUGUACACCAUAAGAAAUUGAAAAAUUAAUUGAUGAAAUUAUAUCAAGAUUAUAAUUAGAAACUCAUUUACAUUCAGUUUAAUAAGCAAAUAAAGUAGCACAUAUUAUAUUAUCUUUAUGCAAAUUAAAUAUAACAAUUAAUUCUAGAUUAAAAGUUACAGUGUUUUCUGAUUAUAUAAAUUAAGUUUGUAAAUUUGCUUUCCCAGAAAAUGGUCUUUUAUAUUUAAGAUUUAUAUGUGGAUAAGAAGUUGAUUCCUUUGUCACUGAAGAAAAUGCAUUUCUUCAUCCUCUUCAUUCAUAUGCUGUAAUUACUAAUGAAAAACUUAAAUAAAGAUUAAAUGGAUAUUUAAAAAAAAAAAUCAAAGACAAUCCAUUAAAAAUUAUAAAUGAAAUCUUAAAUUUCUAAUAUUAAGAUUAACAUAUCUUUAAAGAUUUGUUACCUACAAUUAUAUUAGAAUUUAUGAAAAAAGCUCAUUAUUAAGAAAGGUACCUUCCAUCCUUAUUUAAAUUAUUAAAUGAUGUUUAUUCAUUAAAUCUUUUAAAAGAUUGUCUUUCAUAUAAAAAGUCAGAUAUUUAUCGAUUAGCCUUAAGAUAACAUAACUUAACUGAUUUACAAGCCUAAAUUUUUGGUGGUCGAUUAAUAUAAUAAAUAGAAAGAUAUCAUAGACAUGGUGUUUUGAAUGUUAUGAUAAAUUCUAAUCUGGCUAUCUUAGUUGGUAGAAAGAAUCCUGAAUGUUUAGCUGCUAUAAUGAGUAUUAUAAAAUAGUAAAAUGAUGGACUUGAAACUUAUUCAUUUUGUAAAUACUUAAAAGAUUAUAAAGUGGAUUACAGAAAAGUAUUAUAAUAUUCACAACGCAGAGCCAGAUUAGAAAAAAUAGAAGAUCUUUAUAAUUCUGAAAAAUGUGUUGAGAAGAGAUUGAUGUUAUUAUACAUAAUUUUUUUUAACUGA